CUCGGCCAGGCCGGGCCAUGGGACGGAGGGCGGGGCGCGGGAGGGGGGCCGCUGGGUCCGGGCUCCGGGAGCCGUGGGAGGGAAGGCAGGAUCCUGGGGAGGGCGGGGCUGUGGGGCGGGGAGGGAGCUGGGCUCGGGCCGCUUUCUCGCCUUUCCCGGAGCCGGGAUCGGGUCCCUCCUCCCCGCGGCCCCGCGGCCCCGAGCCUCCGGACUUCCCUUCCAGCCGAGGCCGCGCUGACUUCCGGAAGCCCCCCCUGUGCUUGCGGGUCCCAGGCCGGCCUCCUGCUCCUGGAGGGAAAGAAGUGUCCCCCAAGUGUGGUUUCCGGCCCAGUCUGCAGAGGACCGGGCUUGGCCCCAGCAGCCAUGGCCCCCGGGAGGCUCAGACCCCUGCCCCAGGAGUUGGUGACAUUCAAGGAUGUGGCCAUGGAUUUCACCCCAGAAGAAUGGGGCCUCUUGGACCGUCCUCAGAAGGAGUUGUACAAGGAGGUCAUGUUGGAAAAUGCCCGGAACCUGCUCUCCUUGGGUGUUCCAGUUCCCAGAGAAAAUCUGAUUUCCCAUUUUGAGCAAGAGGAAGGAUCAUGGAUGCGAGAACCAGAAGACCCAAGAAUGUCCUGUCCAGAUGGAGAAACCAAGCAUGAAAUGAAGGAGACUACUUCAGAGCUGAGCCUUUCUGUGGAAGAAUCACGACAGCAAAAAUUCAAGAAUAAUGAUCACUGUGACCUCAGUUUGAGAGAAAUCUGUGCUUCUGAUAUCAAGACAGAGAAAAAACAAAAGAAUCACUGUGAAUUUGAUAAAUAUAGAAAGAGUAUCCAACAAUGUCCAGUCCUAAUUCACUGUAAGAAAGUGAAAUCAGGGAAAGACAGUUGUCAGGAGAGGAAAUGCUCUAGCAAACCUGUAGAAGUUGUUGAAUCUCAAGAAAAACCUCCUGAAGAGCAAACUUAUCAAUAUGAGAUGGACUUCAGCUUGAAUUCAGCUUUAAUUCAGAAGAUUCCUACUAGAAAUAUGCUUUCCAGUAGGAAUGAAAGUAAGAAGAUCUUCAGCCAUAAUUCAGAACUUAUUGAUCAUCAAAAAACCAACAACGGAAAGAAAGAUUAUAGAUGUAAUGAAUGUGGUAAAGCCUUUAAUCAACAGUCAUCCCUUAUUCACCAUCAGAAAUUUCAUAUUAGCAAAAAUCUACAUAACUGUAUUCAAUGUGGAAAGACUUUUAGGAGACAUCCAUCCCUUAUCUCCCACCAGAGAAUCCAUACUAGAAAAAAAUCUCGGGAGUGUCGUGAUGAUAAAGCUUUUAGUGAAAAAUCAUCCCUUAUUGUACAUCAGAGAAGACAUAUUGGAAAGAAAUCUUAUGAAUGUAGCCAUUGUGGAAAGAUUUUCAAGAAGAAAAGCCAUCUUGUUCUGCAUCAGAGAAUCCAUACGGGAGAGAAACCUUAUGAAUGUAGUCAUUGUGAAAAGACUUUUAGACAGAGUUACUAUCUUGCUAUACAUCAGAGAAUCCACACUGGAGAGAAACCUUACGAAUGUAAUCAGUGUGGAAAGACUUUUAGAUGUAAGUCUAGUCUUGUUAUUCAUCAAAGAAUCCACACUGGAGAGAAACCUUAUGAAUGUAAUCAAUGUGGAAAGACUUUCAAACAAAGCUCUUAUCUUUCUGUACAUCAAAGAAUUCACUCUGGAGAAAAGCCUUAUAAAUGUAAUCAGUGUGGAAAGGCUUUCAGACAUAGCUCCAAUCUUGUUGUACAUCAGAGAAGCCACACUGGAGAGAACUGUUAUGAGUGCAAUCAGUGUGGAAAGGUUUUCACCCAGAAGGCCACUUUUACCAAACAUCAGAGAAUCCACUCUGGAGAGAAACCUUAUGAAUGUAGUCAGUGUGGAAGGACUUUCACAAGCACAUCCAAUCUUGCUCAACAUAAGAGAAUUCAUACUAGAGAAAAACCUUAUAAAUGUAAUCAAUGUGAAAAGAGUUUCAGACACAGAUCAAAUCUUGUUGUACAUCAGAGAAGCCACACUGGAGAGAACUGUUAUGAGUGCAAUCAGUGUGGAAAAGUUUUCACACAGAAAACCACUUUUAGCAAACAUCUGAGAAUCCACUCUGGAGAGAAACCUUAUGAAUGUAGUCAGUGUGGAAAGAUGUUCACAACUACAUCCAAUCUUGCUGAACACCAGAGAAUCCACACUGGUGAGAAACCUUAUGAAUGUAAUCAAUGUGGAAAGAGUUUUAGACAUAGCUCCAGUCUUGUUCUUCAUCAGAGAAUCCACACUGGGGAGAAACCUUACGAAUGUAAUCAAUGUGGAAAGGUGUUUAGACACCACUCUAGUCUUGUUAAUCAUCAGAGAAUCCACACUGGAAAGAAACCUUAUGAAUGUAAUGACUGUGGAAAGAGUUUCAGAGAGACCUCUGAUCUGGCUGAACAUCAAAGAAUCCACACCGGAGAGAAACCUUAUGAAUGUAAUCAGUGUGGAAAGACAUUCAGACACAGCUCCAGUGCUUCUGCACAUAAGAGAAUCCACACUGGAGAGAAACCUUUUAAAUGUAAUCAAUGUGGUAAGACUUUCAGACUGAGUUCCAGUGUUUCUGUACAUCAGAGAAGCCACACUGGAGAGAACUGUUAUGAGUGCAAUCAGUGUGGAAAAGUUUUCACACAGAAAACCACUUUUAGCAAACAUCUGAGAAUCCACUCUGGAGAGAAACCUUAUGAAUGUAGUCAGUGUGGAAAGAUGUUCACAACUACAUCCAAUCUUGCUGAACACCAGAGAAUCCACACUGGUGAGAAACCUUAUGAAUGUAAUCAAUGUGGAAAGGUUUUUAGAUGCAGUUCGGGUCUUGCUAAACAUCAGAGAAUCCACACCAGAGAAAAGGCAUUUGAAUGUAAUCAAUGUGGAAAGACUUUUAAACAUCACUCUAGUCUCACAAAUCAUCAGAGAACCCACAAUGGAAAGAAAUUUUAUGAAUGUAAUCAGUGCAGUAAAACCUUCCAGCACCAGUCAUCCCUUAUUUCCCAUAUGAGAAUCCAUACGACAUGUAAAUCUUCAACUGGAAGAUAGAGCUUGUUAGACAUCAGAAAAUUCAUUCUGGGGAUAGCUCAAUAAGAGAAAACUUCAGUCAGAGGUCAUCUUAAUAUCAAUGAAUUAAUAAUUAGGAGAAACAUAAUGACUGCACUACAUAGGACAUGCCUUGUGAUAGAAGAUGGAAGUUCCUAGAAUCAAAAUAUCCAUAGUGGAAAGGAGGCUCAUAAGAGCAAAAUUAUGGGGAAGCCUUGACUUGGAGGUCAUACUUGAUUGUACAUUGGAGAAGUUUGUUGGAAAUAAAAAAUCUAAUUAACAAGAGAAGACCUUUUGCGUGAGCACAUAUGCAAUUAGAUGUCCCAAACUUCACAUAAGGGAUAAAGCCCUAUAAAUGUAAUGCAUUUUUCUCUAAAAUACUAUUGUUUUUCAUUUCUCUUCAGUUGUAUUCCCUAACAUUCAUAUACUAUAAUUUCAUCAAUCAUUCCCUACUUGUUUCCAGUUCUUUAUUCUCACUCACACAUUUUGCCUGAUAGGUGGCACAGUGGAUAAAGUGCUGCUCCUGGUGCCACAAGACUUGAGUUCAAAUUCAGUCUCUGACAUUUACUAGAUUGUGAUCCUAGGCAAAGCAUUCAACCUAUUCCUGCCUCGGUUUUUCCCAUCUGUAAAAUAUUAUACUAAGGAGUAAAGCCAAGAUGGCAGAGUAAAGGUAGGGAUUCAUCUGAUCUCUCCCACUCCAAACAACUUUAAAGUAAUGGCAAUGAAGCAAUCUUGGGAAAUGGUCACUGAUGCAUUGUUGCUGGAGUUGUAAAGAAGUCUAUUCAAGAGUCUAGAACUGAAUAUGGAAUUUGACUUUAAAAAAGAAUUUAGAAGAAAUAUGAAAUGCUUAAAAUGA